AUUUAGAAGUGUAACACUCGCUCCCCUCCCCAUCGGAGUUCCCCGGCCGCGCCGGUAAGGGUAAAGAGAGCCAUAUAGAUCCUGACAAUUUGUGGUUAGCGAUGUCGCAGGUUGACAAUAGAAAUUCUUCUGCUGCUAAACGUGCCCGAACUGACGGUGGACGGAGAGAAGAUGAUUGGACAUGUCCUAGAUGCGGCAAUGUUAAUUUCUCAUUCAGAACAACUUGCAAUAUGCGAAACUGUACACAGUCCAGGCCUGCUGAUCACAACACUAAACCUGUAGCUAAGCCAUUCCAAGCACCACAAGGCUAUACUACCAUGGCUCCUUAUGUAGGAUCUGGUGCUCCCUCUCCAUUGUAUUUGGGCGUACCACCUCAUGGUUCCUCUGUGUUUGGUGCAACGUCUAUUCCUCAUUAUGAUAUUCCGUAUUCUGGAGGCUCAGGUUACCACUACAACUAUGGGAGCCGCAUUUCUGGAGGCAGUCCAUAUCAACCACUGCAUAUAUCUGCCCCGCCUCCUUACUCCAGUGGACCUAUAAUGGGGAAUGGUGGGGUAUAUAGUGUGCGACCUCCUCUGGUAGACAGAUAUGGUCAUGCAUUGCCAAUGGGUUCUCCAACCAUUGGAUCAAGGCCAGGACAUUAUGCAGAGGAUAAUCUGCAGAAGAAAGAUGGAAAUCGUGAUAACGACUGGAAGUGUCCUAAAUGUGGGAAUGUUAAUUUUUCAUUCAGAACAGUCUGUAAUAUGAGAAAGUGCAAUACACCAAAGCCUGGAUCCCAGGGAGCAAAAUCUGCAAAGAAUUCCGGUACCCCUGACGGGAGCUGGAAGUGUGAAAAAUGCAACAAUAUAAACUACCCAUUCAGGACCAAAUGUAACAGACAAAACUGUGGAGCUGAAAAACCAUCCGAGCCAAGGAACUCUUCUUCACCACUGUCAGAUGACAAUGAUCAGUGAGUACUAGGGCGUUGUUUUUAAGGGUCAAGAAGGUCAAGAGUCGUCAUCCAGCGUGCUCAGUGUGGGUGUCUGAAAGUCUUGUCGUUCAGUUGUGUUUGUCUUCCAGUUGCUGCAGUUGUUGUUGAGUUAAGCUGCCCGUAUUAUGUUGUCAAUUUGUAACUGAAGUUCAUACACUGGUGUUUAGGUUUUUUCCCAGUAAUGCUGAGUUGUCUGUCAGUGCUCAUAAUUUUAAGAGAUAUUAUUAAAGGUUGAUUUGGUUGAAUCCUCAAUAGGGUUUUCUUUGGUAAUCUUUAUCAUGUUUGGUUGACGGGUAUGCUGAUGUCCAGUUGCUUUAUUGUGG